CUACUAAAAGGAGUGGGAGAUAAGUGGAUUUUUUUUUAUUUACGAGUAUAUAAAGGUACGAGUGUUAGAUGGAAUCUUGUGUAUUUUAUCAAACGUUGCUUAAGACACUUCUUAUUAUUUGUAUUUUCUCGUGGUUUUAUUUAUCAAAUAUGAAAACGAUAAUAAUCUUGGUAGUUCUGGCGUCAGUUGCAUCAAUCGGACUGUCAGCACCCCAGCAAGAAAUAACAAUAAUUCGCCAAGAAGAAAACAACAGUAUCGGAGUAGGCGGUUACCAUUUUUCUUACGAGCAGAGUGAUGGACAAAAGCGUGAAGAAACGGCGGAGCUAGAAAACGAAGGAACUGACGACGAAGCCAUGAAAGUUGUCGGCAGCUACAGUUUCGUCGCACCCGAUGGCAAAACAUACAGGGUAGAUUACACUGCUGACCGUGAUGGUUACCACCCUGUUAUAACUCUUGUGUAAUAACCACUCGCUUUCUCAACAGACAUUUAAUAAAAAUAAAAUAAAACUAAAAAAAAAAAAAAAAUUAUUAAAUGUCUAUCCUGUGCAUAAUGUAUAAAAAUAAAUGAUUUAUAUCUCCUGCAUUUAAAAGUAUUUUUUAAUU